AUUGCGUUAGCCAGAAUUAUUCGUGCUUUUCUUAUAGUUCACAUCACGUCCAGCGUUGUUUCACGAGAUUACAAUUUCUUGGUUUGUGUAACAUUGCUGUUUUUCAGUCGGUAAACAAAGAACAAAUAUACUAGGAAGAGUUGAUGAGUCAGAAAGUAGAAAAACCGUCACUGUCAGGCCAACGUCUGAAGACUAGGAAAAGGGAUGAAAAGGAAAAAUACGAUCCUUCAGCGUUCCGUGAUGCUCUUAUCCAGGGUAUCAAUGAUACAGAAGGCGAUCUAGAAUUAGUUUCAAAAUUUUUGGAUGUCUCAAAAUUAGACUACCGCCGAUAUGCAGAUGUGCUUUUUGAUGUUUUAUUUGCUGGCGGACAAUUAGCUCCAGGGGGUUCUAUAGUAGAAGACCCUGAUCAGACCAAAGUGUCUAGGACAGACAUAUGUGUCUUUGGAUGUGAGGAAGAUAGAAACAAGCUCAAAGCUUAUUUUGAUGUGUUUAACAAACUUCUUAGAAGAUACAAGUAUCUGGAGAAGUCCUUUGAAGAGUCCAUUAAAAAGAUACUGGUGUUUCUGAAGGGCUUUAAGGAGGAUGAACAGCGUAAGCUGGCCAUUAUUCUUGGCAUCAUCUUUGCCAAUGGAUUCUGUAAGGCUCAAGUGCUCUCUGGGGUGUUUGAGGAGCAUUUGGUCAAGGAAGGUAUCUCGCUUCGUUUUGCAACGGUGAUGUUCCGGUCCUGGUUGGAAGACAAGGACAUUAACUCUGUGGUUAAGUCUUUAAAGACGGCCUCUAUUGACUCGAGACUUCUAGAGUUGUUCCCCCUGAACAAGAGGAGUCAGGAGGCAUUUGUUACCCAUUUCAGGAAAGAAGGCUUAGAUUCUAUUGCCAACUUUCAGAAUAAGCAGCAGUCUUUCGAGGUGAAAAAAGAAUUACAGAACAUUCUGUCAGAGAUGAUGAAUGAUGAUGAUAAUCCGAAAGAGAUUGUGGCAUAUUUGGUGGAAUAUAUGAAAAAGCAAGGCUUAGGUGACUCAGAAAUUGUUAUACACGUUUGGAACACUAUAAUGGCCCAGGUUGAAUGGAAUAAGAAAGAAGAGCUGGUAGCUGAACAAGCCAUCAAGCAUUUAAAGAAAUACUCGCUGGUAAUGGCUGCCGUAGCAAAGUCGCUGGAGGCAGAAAUCAAGCUGAUCGUGAAAGUACAGGAAUACUGCUAUGAAAAUAUGGUCUUUAUGAAAGUCUUUCAAAAGAUUAUUGUUCUGUUCUAUAAAACUGAUGUAUUGAGUGAGGACAGUAUAAUGAAGUGGUACAACGUAUCUCACUCUACCAAAGGCAAGAGUGUGUUCCUUGAACAAAUGAAGACAUUUGUAGAAUGGCUGCAAAAUGCUGAAGAAGAAUCUGAUGAAGAAGAUUAGAAAGGGGGCAGAACUCUCAUUGUAGAAUAUUUGAUGGUAUGGAGUUGUCUCCCUUGGCCCAUGUUAUAAUACGAACAUUUAGAAUGGAGUUGCAUGCCUUUAUUUAGCAUAGUAAUGACAACUGCCUACCUAUAUCAGGGACAUAGAUUGUCCCUUUCGGACUGUAAAAAUAAUAGAUUUUUUUUUGUGUAAAUAGUUUAAAAAAUCCAAAAAUUUCCUUACAGUGCAUGUUCUCAUUGUGUGUAACAAUUUUUUAUUACAAAACUUGUCAUAAAGAUAUUUGUAUGUAUGAUAUUUGAGCGACUUUUGUAACUAACUCGAUGUAUUGUAAAGGAUAUAUCUUCUUGAGACAAAAUGUGCGUGCAAUUUUGAUACAUUUUUGGAUCAAAGUGCAGGCAGUUAUAUUUUGUACUCGGAAGAAUUAUUUAUUACUGUAUGUAUUUUUACUUGGAAUCAGGGGGAGAGUUUACAGGCCACAGAUCAGAUUGCUGUGUAUAAUAACUUUAAAUUUUGCAUUUUUAUAUUUAAAGGGAAGCAUUUUUUUUGCGUGCUGUGAAGAAGUUUGUAUCACUAUCACACAUCUUGUUUGUAAAAGUUCGCCUUGAUCUCUUGUAGAUUAUGCUCGAUAGUUUUUUUCUCAGUCGCUCGUAACCGUUCAAUGAAAUUUGUAUGUAUUGAAAAACAAAAAUGGCGUAAAGGUGCAUAUGUAUUAGUGAACUGACAUUAUAAUUUGAAUUUUAUUUUGAUGUGAGAUUGGAUGAUUGGAUUGGAUGAUCAGAAAAAUGCAUUUUUUUUUCUUCUAAGUAAUUAGUAAUUUAUCAUACAUAGGUAUAUAUAUAUUUUGCGAUUUUUUUCCCUCUCUUCACAGUUCAGUAUUGUGUUCUGUUUGAUGAAAUUAAAUGACUUUCUAUGAAAGUUUUUAGAUUUAUUAAAAAACGCUUUUGGCUUAAAGUGCUUCAUUAAAUAUUCGGUGUUUACAUAUUUCUACGCCAAAUAUGGUGUAUUGGUUUUAUUGCUUAUAUGAAUAUAUAUAUAGAUAUUUCAUCUCUUGAUUUUUUUUUUCUUCAAUUUUUGUUUUUUUAUUGUAUUCAUGAAAUGUAAUACAUGAAAUAUACAUGGCAGGUCAUUUAAAUAUUGUUUUCUUUUUCACUGAGUGUUAUUGGCUGGUGUAUAAAUGAUAGGUGCUUGUAUAAGUGGUAAGAAUAAAAUCAAAAUAUUAUUACUUUAUUGCCACUGACUCUUUACCUGAAGAAUUUCAACCAAAACAAGAAAUAAAAUCGGAUUUUUUGAAGUUUGUGAACUAAUCUGUAAAUACAUAAUAACCAUUGGUUGAUUUUAAAUUCUUUCUCUAAGGCAACCAAUGAAAUCUCUCGAUUUGCUGACUGGUUUACAAAUGUAUUCUGAUGAUUCUGAACUUGACUGUGCUAAUUUCAUAGAAGCAUAACCCUGUCAUUUUGUUUCACAAGUGCAAUUAAAAGUUGAUUCUCGAGGAAUUUGCAGUGUUUAGAUUGAAUAAUGAAUGAAGUAUUGCAUUGAUACGUUGCUGGCAUUCUUUGAAAUAUAUACAUAUUUUUAUCUUCUAAAAUUUCUGGUUAAGGUUUAAAUUAGAAGUAUUUGGACUUUGAAAUAAGAAAGAAAGAAGAUUCUUCUAAGUGAAAAGAUUUCCUAAGCAUUAUCUAUUUCCAUAGAUUCUAAUUAAUUUCUAUUUUCCAGCGAGGGAAUUGUAUUUUUAUAGAUCAUUUGUAUAAAGUAGCAGUCAUUUUGUAAUAUAUAUAUACAGUAGAUAUACUAUAUAUAGAAGUAUGGACAGAGGCUUGUAUUUUCACCGCAAUACUGAUUUUGUUUUCUUUUUUUUUUGUGAUCAGGGAAUUGACAAAUUAUCUACAUAUAUAUGAUCAUGUCAUAAAAUAAUUGUGAAACCUCAAAAUACAUGACUCAGUGGGAAUGAAAUUGUUGUAUUUCGUAUUUUGUACCUUGUAAAAAUAUGUAUCCAAAAAAAAUUAAAAGACAGAUUAAAUGUUUCUUUUUAUAAA